CUAGAAGGAAUGACGGCUCAUCGGAGAAGGCCGACAACCUAUCAGUACCGUAGCCCUUCCAAAUACCCCACCGAUGAAGCUUAGGACCCUCGCUGCAUCAUCUCCUAGUUUUGGCUGGCAUAACACAUGUAUACCGCAGCAAAAGACGAGGAUCACUUUUUUGGGAUCAGGGAGCAACUCCACCCUCGUCGGAAGCUAGGAUCCAGCAAGGCAAAGCAACGUUAAAACAUGCGGCUGCUGAAUCUUCCCACACGCCCCCUCCACCACCAUCGUGACUAGCAUCGACGUGCGCCAUCACCACUGUGAGCUUGUUCUGGAACUAGCUGCCACCAGAUCCCUCCCCCUCCCCAUGUCUCUACCAUGGCUGAGCACCCAACGGCAUCUCGCCACACAACGUCAUAAAUCCAAAGACCAGCACGUAUGAAGCCGACAAUCAACACUAAGGCCCAAACUAAUUGUACCACACUUACUAUGUGCAAGAACAUCCCGAGCUCCCCUUCCCUCCUCGCUCCAGGCGGCAGUGCCGCCGGAGGAGGGGCAAAGACGAGCCGGGGAGAAGGAGAGAGGGGAGGGGAAUGAGAGCUCAAUGCAAACAUGCAUUUACAACCAGCAAACAACCAGAUCGCCAGGUACGUCUUCCUCCCGGGAAGGCGUAUUUUCUCUUCCCAUUCACACAGACCGCACCCCGCCGCCCGUCCUCUCCGUUCCCCUUUCCCUCGCCGCGCCGGCGCCGGCGAUGAGCUCCCCGGCCGACUCCGGCCACCUCCCAGCCCCCGCUCCUCCACCGCAUCACCCCCUCCCCCCCUCCGCCCCAGCACCAGCCUCGAGCCCAGCCACUCACCGCGCCUCCCCGCCAAAACCUAAAUACCCAAUCGCCACCCCCGCGCCGCCGCCGCCCCCGCCGCCACCACCGGAACCAAAUGCCUCGGCCGCCUUCUCCGGAAGCUCCCCCGCGCAGACCACCAGCACCGCCGCGUCCGCCCGCCCGGAGGACCACCAAAGCCCGCCCUCCGGCGAUGCCUCCACCAGCGCGGCCAUUGCGGCCGCGGCGGCCUCGGCCCGGCCGGAGGAGUGCACGCCGCGGAUGGACAUGGAGUUCGAGACGGAGCUGCAGGCGUACGACCUCUACCGCCUCUACGCCUUCAAGCUCGGCUUCAACGUCCGCCGCCGCUACACCAACCGCAGCAAGACCUCCGGCGAGGUCACCUCCUGCAAGUUCGCCUGCUCCCGCGAGGGCUUCAAGGACCACAAGCCCGCCGCCGCCAUCGCCGGCACCGCCAGGCUCCCCCGCGCCGCGGCCAGGCUCUCCCGCGCCGCCGCCGCCGCCAUCCCCGCGCCGGACGGCAGGACCGGCUGCAACGCGCACCUCACCCUCCGCCGCACCAAGCCCGGCGGCAGGUUCCAGGUCUCCGGCUUCCAGCCGCGCCACAACCACCCGCUCUUCGCAGCUCCCCGCGGCCCGCCCAGCCCCUUCCAAUCGCCGCCCAAUGCCGCUCCGCCACCGGAUUUCAUUGACGACGAUGCCAGUGCCACAGCCAGGGCGGCAUGGGCCGAGGGAGAAGGCCCCCUGCGCACCAGGCGGCAGUGGGAGAUCAAGUACGGGGAGGCCGCCGCCCUGCUGAACCACCUCCAGCGGCAGUCGCUGGCCGACCCGGCGUUCCACCACGCCGUGCAGCUCGACGUCGAGGACAAGGUGGCGAAUGUCUUCUGGGUCGACGCCAAGAUGGUUGCCGACUACGCCCACUUCGGCGACGCCGUCGCCUUCGACGUCGUGUCCAGGAACAGCAUCAGCCUCCGCCACCUCGCCUCGUUCGUCGGCUGCAACAGCUUCGGCGAGCCUGUCGUCUUCGGGCUGGCACUCAUGUACGACGAGACCUGCGAGUCGUUCCGGUGGCUGUUCCAGACGUUCCUGCACGCCAUGUCUGGGCGAGCACCCAAGACUUUCAUUUCGCAUCAGGACACGGUGAUAGCAGAGGCCCUGUCCUUGGCGAUGCCUGGCACGACGACGGCUCAUGCCAUAUGCGCGUGGCACAUAAAGCAUGUUGCAAAGGGGAACAUACGUCAGCUUUCUAAAGGCGAUGCCAAUUUCAUCGAGGAGUUCAAGGCGUGCGUCGACGGAGAGUAUGACGAGGAGGCGGGAUUUCUCGCUGCGUGGGAUGCUAUGGUCAGCAAGUACGAGCUUCGUGACAACGCGUGGCUGCAGAGGUUGUUCGAGAAGAAACACAAGUGGGCUAGGCCCUACGCGAAAGGGAUCUUCUCGGCCGGGAUGGAAGGCACACGGUUGAACGAGCGCCUGAAUUCCGAGGUGCGCGGUCAUCUGAGAGCAGAGGUGGACAUUGUUCUGUUUUUGAGGCAUCUUCAGAAAGUGAUCAGCGAUAGGCGGCACAGAGAGUUGGAGAUGGAAUACGGUUCAAGGCUGAUGAUGCCCUACCUCAAAAUCAGAGCCCCCGUUCUGACACAGGCUUCCGAUGUCUAUACCAGCGUGAUCUUUCAGCUUUUCCAGGAAGAAUAUGAGGAGUUCCAGUCAGCUUACAUCGUGAGCCGCGAUGAAAGCAGCCCGUGUCGUGAGUAUGUCGUCUCGCUUGUGGAGAAGGAGGACCGGCGAUACACGGUUUAUGGGAACCCUAUGGAGCAGACUGUCACAUGCUCGUGCGGGAAGUUUGAGACGGUUGGCUUCCUGUGCAGCCAUGCUCUCAAGAUUCUAGAUGUCAUGGACAUAAAGUAUAUACCAGAUAGAUACAUUAUGAAGCGCUGGACCAAAUAUGCAAGGCGCUUGACCUCACCGGAGGUUCUGGGGCAAGCCGUUCAAGCAGAGGAAUCAUUGGAGAUUUCUAAUCGCUACCAGCACCUGUGCCCCAAGUAUGUUAGGCUUGUUGCCCGGGCAUCGGAAUGUGAGGAGUCCAGCAGAGUACUAGACCAAUUUUGGGGAGAACUUGGCGACAAGGUUGAGCAAAUCCUGCAGAAACAAACCAGCAUUAGCAGCGCACCUGUCACACUACAGCCUGAUGUUCAGAAUCUUAAGAUGGCCUUGUCUUCUAUCACGGAUGGCACUGAAUCAGAAAAUGUUGUGGACAUUUCAAGCAGGGCAGCAGCAAAAACAGUAGUAAAGAAGAAAGGCCAGAAAAGUAAAAACCAUCCAAGAAAUUGCGUUGAAAAGGGUCUGACAAAGAAGCAGAAAGUGCACUCUGAGGAACCUGCAGUAGUGCAGUAUGGUUUGGCAGAUGGUUCUGCCCAGUCUGGAAAUGCUAUGUUUCAGGGCUUGGAGGCUGCUCCUAACUUGUCCAAAAUGGGUAGCCAAACUCCAACCUAUAUACCUUACAUGGGGACUGACUUUUUAAAUCCCAUGGCCAUGGGGACACUCAACUAUGAAGAGAUGCACCGUGGCGCAAGUCUGGGGCUCACUCUGUUACCUUCUCAGGACCCAGGCUUUGUCGCCUGUCACACUUCUCAGGCGUCAAGUGACAGCCAGGCCUUGUAGAAAUCAAUGUCUACUUGAAGGCUCUCUCUUUGGAGCACAAUCAAAUGAGAGGCUUCUUAUGAUGUCCACGCAAAAAAAAAAGGCUUCUUAUGAUGUCCACAACUGUAUAUGGAAAUGAGAAGCUGCACAGGUGGACUUGUACCAAACUGGUUAGUGGUGUGUGGAUUAAGAUUUCAGCCAGGGGUGUCUUUGACUUAAUAGCUGGGGCAUGCGACAGAAUUGGUCACAGGAAAAUAUGAUCGCCUGGACAUUAGAAGCAAUUCGUGAUGCAGAAAUUAGAGGAUUGCAGCCGGCUGCGAUGGUGGAUAAAGUUUUCUGAAUGGAAGAGCAAAGUGAAUUCCAACUCUUUUGAAGCAAAAUGGAUUUAGUUGGAUGAAGAUUGGAGAUGGCGUGUAACCUACUUACACAUGGAUGGUAUGCUCGUCAUCUUGCAUGCAUCUUGUAUGCGGUAUAGCUCUCUGGUGUUUGUAUGUAGUGGUACUAGUAUGCAAUGCAUGAUAGAAAAGUAGAAAUCAGAAUUCAAACUGAGUAAGCUUUAUUCCAUCUUAUCAAUACAGUAUGAGUAUGGUGGCAACAAAUAUUAACAUGCAUGCAUGUAAAGGAUGGUUGAUCUGAUCUACACAACACAGGCGUAGUCACCAUUUUUAUUCCUCUCUGUUACCAGCUUAA